AUGAUCCACACUGGGGAAUGGCCAUACAAAUGUGGGGAGUGUGGGAAGGGGUUCAGCUACAGAUCCACCCUUGUGACCCACCAACGCAUCCACAGUGGGGAGAGGCCCUACGAUUGUCCUGAGUGUCAGAAGAGGUUUCGGAUCAGCUCAGCUCUCCUCCUGCACCAGCGGAUUCACUCAGAGAAGAGGCCCUUCUGCUGCCCUGAUUGUGGGAAGGGCUUCAAGUGCAACUCCAACCUCGUCAGGCACCGGCUCAUGCACACCGGGGAGAGGCCCUACGAGUGCCCCACGUGUGGGAAGAGGUUUCAGGCCCGCUCCAAUCUCCUCAGGCAUCAAAGGAUUCACACAGAUGAGAGGCCCUUCCGCUGCCCUGACUGCGGGAAGGGCUUCAAGCAAAACUCCCACCUCAUCAGGCACCGACGCAUCCACACUGGGGAGACGCCCUACGGGUACCCCACAUGUGGACAGAGCUUCAGCCAGGGAUCGGAGCUGGUGUUCCAUGAGCAGCUUCAUGAUGGGGAGAAGCCCUACAAGUGCUUGGAGUGUGGGAAGAGCUUCAGGCAGAGCAGCACCCUGAUCAGCCACCAGAUGAUCCACACUGGGGAAUGGGCCUACGAGUGUGGGGAAUGUGGGAAGGGCUUCAGCUGCAGCUCAAAACUUGUCAGGCAUCAACGCAUCCACACCGGGGAGAAGCCCUAUGAGUGUCCUGAGUGCCAGAAGAGGUUUCACACCAGCUCAAAUCUCCUCCAGCACCAGCGGAUUCACACAGAUGAGAGGCCCUUCCACUGCUCUGACUGUGGGAAGAGCUUCAAGUACAACUCUUACCUCACGAAGCACCAGCGCAUCCACACUGGGGAGAGGCCCUACGAGUGUCCCGAGUGUGGGAAGAGGUUUCACAUGAGCUCCAAUCUCCUCAGGCACCAGCGGAUUCACACGGAUGAGAGGCCCUUCCGCUGCCCUGACUGCGGGAAGGGCUUCAACUGCAACUCCCACCUCGUCACCCACCAGCGUAUCCAUACCAGGGAGAGGCCCUACGAGUGUCCCCAGUGUGGGAAGAGCUUCAGACAGAGCUCUCAUUUGAGCAGACACCAACAC